UGUCGGGUGGAUCUGCUUUACCUGCUAUCGGGGACGUUCUGGGUGAGCGCACGGUCACGCCACCAUCAUGUCACCGUAUACCACACCUCCGUGGGCUUUCACAGAAGGCUGGCAUAAUAACAUACAUCUUGUUGAGAAAGAUACUGUAUUAUUAGGCGGAAAUGAUUUUAAAAACUCGAGAAACCUAGACGUCUUUCAUCGAAACACAAGACCGCAUCAACACGCCAUGGGACCCGGAUGGAGGGGCUGAGGCAAGAACUUCAAUCACACCAGGAGCAGACCAUCUCCUAAACAGCAGAACAUCUUCUAAACAGUAAGAGUAAGUACGAAUUCCCCGCUGAUGAGUGAGACGGCCGCCGUGAAGAUGUCGUCCAUGAUGUUGUUUGUGGUGGGACUAAUGGUCACCCUCUUCACAGUGUCCUGUCAUGGAGAGUUUCGUCGAGUGUGCUACAUGACCAACUGGUCACAGAAUCGUCCAGGAGAUGCUCGCUUCACUGUCGCCAACAUCACCGACGUCUCCCUCUGCACUCACAUCAUCAUCGCCUUCGCUCAAGUCAACGACAGUGGUAACACUCUGGCACCAUAUGAAUGGAAUGACGACACACCCGACGGGACAUACGCGCAGGUGUCCAAGCUACGGGAUUCGAACCCCAGUCUGAGGGUGUUAUUGGCCGUGGGCGGGCAGACACAUGGCUCCGCUCCCUUCGUGGCAGUAGUGAGUGACGGGGACAGGAUCAACACGUUCUGUGACAACAUCAUCAAUUACAUCAGGAGGAUCAACUUCGACGGCGUGGAUAUAGCUUGGGUGUGGCCUGUUCGGGGAGGCAGUGGACCUGCCGAUAAACAACGCUACACAACACUUAUACAGAGUCUUCGGAACAAGAUGAUCACCGAAGCAAGCCGGACUGGCCUCCCGCGUCUUCUCCUCACUGUUGCUGUCGCCGCCUCGCGGGACAUCGUCGACGAUGGAUACGAGGUUUAUUCGAUUUCCCAAGCUGUGGAUUUCCUGAACGUGAUGACCUAUGACCUGGACGCCUCCCGCGGAUCACGCCUCCUCCACCACGCCCCCCUCUCCAGCCGGCCUGGGGACUCGGAAGAAGACCGGAAGUACAGCGUGCGCUACAGCAUCAACUACUGGGCGAACAAGGGGGCCCCACGGCACAAGCUGGUGGUGGGAAUCCCCUUCUACGGCAGGUACCACGUGCUCCUCAGUCAGCACCUCACCUCCCUGUACGACCCGGGGAACGGAACCACCGGCUUCUACCCCUACUACCAGAUCUGCCAGUUUGUCCGAAGUUCCAACUGGACACGUGUUUGGGACGAUGUCAGCGAUGUUCCUGCCAUCUACAGCCGCGAGCAGUGGAUUGGGUACGACGACCUCCAAAGUUUGGAGAAAAAGGCUCUCUACAUCCGCCAGCAGCAGCUAGGGGGCGCUAUGCUCUGGGAGAUGGGACAGGAUGAUUUUGGCGGGAAGUUCUGUGGGCAGGGCAGAUAUCCUCUGUUGUCCAAAGUGAGGGAUGUUCUUACUGCAUCCAAAGGUGACUGUCAGCCAGGGACCUUCGGGCGACUGAGUGAGUCUGGCUGCACCCCUUGUCCCAGAGGGUCUUACCAGCCCCGGUCACAGAGGACCGAGUGCCUACGGUGCCCCCCGGGGACCAACACCAGCACGGAGGGCGCGAGAGACCGGUACUUCUGUGUUGAAUCCUGUUCUGUGGGCCAUGAAUACAGCUAUGUUGAGAAGAAAUGUGCCAAGUGUCGUCUGGGCUUCACGCGCCCCGACCUGUCGUCUGCUUACUGUGUCAAAUGUCCAGCUGGCCACAUCACCAUGACAACUGGCAGUGUCACCUGUGUUCCUCUACCCGAGGGAGUUCCUGUCCAGGAGGUUCUGAUGACGAUGUACCACAUGACGCUGAAGUUCAACACGACGACGUGUGACAGCAGUGACAUCAUCAAUGCAGCCAUCGCCUCCGGAAUACACAGAGUGAUGGCUGGCGCGAGUCACACGUGGUCAAAGCUGUGUCACCAGGGGUGCAGUAACGUGAAGACGGUGCGGGUUGAGGGGUGCGAGGGAGGGGAGAGAAGGCGGAGACAGGCAGGGGAGACGCGCCACACCCAGCUCACAGUUAGGGUUGUGCUGGAAAAUGUGCCUGAGGAGUUGACGUCAGUGCCCAACGCUAACGGCGUCAUCGUGACGCGCACCACUGACAGUGUACUCACAGAGAUGUUCUUUGACAAAGAGAUCUUCUCAAGUCUGGCAGAGUAUGGCAUUCAUUACGUGGGGAUGACUGGGAGGCUGGUGGAGAAGUUAUGCAGUCACACAGGACACAUGUUUCAAGAUGGCAAUUGUGUCCCAUGCCCAGCCGGGAGUUACGCACAGGCAACACCUCGAAGGUGUAUCGUGUGUCCAGUGGGGACGUACCAAGACAAGAUGGCGCAGACGAAAUGUCAGGAGUGCGCAGGUCCGAUGAUGACUUCCGGUACUGGCUCAAGAUCUCCUCAGCAGUGCCUCUCUCCAUGUGACGUUGAUCCAAAAUACUGCGAGAACAACGGACAGUGUGUAUGGAAGUCGGAGUCGCUUAAAGUCUUCUGUCAGUGUGCGGAGCCGUACUACGGCGAGCGUUGUGAUAUCCAUGCGGAACGCCAGGCACGGGACGUGACGACAGUGGUGGGGGGCGUGGUCGGAGGGCUGGGGUCUCUCAUUGUUGUCGGUAUCGUCAUGGUGAUCUGCUGUGUGUGCUACAAACGUCGAACGAAGGCCAGGAAGCCAUCAGCACCAAACGACUACUACAACGACGACCUCUUCUACGUCACGGGUGUCAUGUCCGGCGACUUCUUACCCACGCCCACCGUCAUCGCUGCCGACCCCUACUACGUUGAGAACCCUUUUCUAGCAUCCGACCCUGGUCGAAGUCGUGGAGUCGGACCUGGGACGCUCACCUCGCCAUCCGUCAUUCUACUAGACUCGACACCUGACGUCACUGAUACGACGGCUCAAACUACUCCGUCGACUGCAACUGAUGUUCCACAAACAGAUGUCAAGAACACGAAACCCGUCCAAUCUGAUGUUGGUGAGGUUCAAGCUACUACUGUCGUCGGCGACGUCGCUGUAGUGUCUCAUGUUGUUGCAGAUGCUGGCACUAGGGAACAGGGAGACAAACCCACGUCUGAACCUGACAAGCUAAUGAUGAGGAUGUAAUUACCACAUUAAAAAAAUUACCAGGAAGGACACAUCUAGACAACCAAAGACGUUGGUAUAUGACCUAGAUGUGUUCAAAGGAAGCUUUGCGAGACAUUCAUUUCGUAAAAACUAUUGACACGUUUUUAAUUUCUUUAUUAGUAAAAUUAUAUCAUUUUCA